AUGCUUCGUCGUCCUGCGCUCCGGGUAGCAUCUUCUGCGUCGCGAGCUGCCUGCCUCCCCAGCGUUGUCGCGCAUCCUGCCGCGCUUACAGACCCAUCUCGCGCAUGCAGCUGCCACUACAGCACAGACUCGGCUCCCGUCUCGCACGAUGUAGGUGUGCUGGGUGGCGGUAUUACAGGCCUGGCCAGCGCCUACUACCUCACACGUGAGCUGCCGAACGCAAAGGUCACGCUCUACGAAUCGAAGGAGAACAUCGGAGGCUGGCUACAAUCGCACCGAGUGCCCGUAAAGGAUGGAACGGUCUUGUUUGAGGCCGGACCUCGCACACUGCGCCCGCAAUCGAAUGGAGUGCUCACGGCGAGCUUGAUGCAAGACCUCGACCUGACAAUGGAUGCGAUCUUCACUCAACGCACCUCACCUGCCGCUCGCAAUCGGUUCCUCUAUUACCCCGAUCACCUGGUUCGCAUGCCACACCCUUCUCAUGGCUUGGCCGACAACAUAUGGAGCUUGAUCACCGAGCCGGUGUUCAAGACCGCGCUAUGGGCCGGGUUGCAGGAAUUCUGGAAGAAUCCACGGGAUCCAAGUCUGCAAGAUGAGAGCAUCGGUAGCUUCUUCUCGAGGCGCUUGAGCAAGCCCAUGGUCGAUCGCAUACUCAGUGGUGUCAUUCACGGCGUGUAUGCUGGAGACGUGUACCAACUGUCAAUCAAGAGCUUGUUCCCACGAUUAUGGAGAGAUGAGCAGGAACAUGGUAGCGUCGUCCACGGCAUGCUACAGGGUAGGGCAGAUGGUGUGAAGAUGACGAAGCGCGAAGCCGACUUCAUGCAAGAGAUGAAGCAGUAUCAGUGGGACCCUCUUCUCAAGGCGACGUUGCGGGAAAAUUCAGUCUUCACUUUCAAGGAUGGGCUGAAGAUGCUCACAGACAGGCUGUACGCGAAGCUGUUCGAGACUGGCAGGGUAGAGUUCAAGACGAGCUCAGCCGUAGAGUCAGUCGAUCAAGCUGAGGGCAAUACCGGCAUACAAGUGAAGAUUGCGGGCAAGGCAGAUUCGCACAAGCAUUCGCAUAUCAUCUCCGCGCUGUCGCCAUGGCAUCUAAACGCUGUCACGCGAGGACCGAGCAACAAGCAGUUGAUACCCACCAUCCCGACGGUUACUGUCAUGACUGUCAACUUAUAUUUCCGCACGCCGAACAUGCACGAGCCAGGCUUCGGCUACCUGAUUCCUCGAGCAACCCCUUUCGAACAGAAUCCAGAGCGGGCGCUCGGUGUCGUUUUUGAUACUGCCUACUCACCAGGAACAGACGACUUGAACCCUGCAAAUUGGCACGAUCUUGACGUCGACCAGCUCAAGCAGGCACGAGAGCAAGGGAGAAUGAUCAACGUCAACGACUUUGCUUGGUACAAUAUGCCCGACAAGCCCAACCACCAGGACCAUGUGACAGCCAGAGGCACGAAAGUGACCGUUAUGCUGGGUGGUCAUUGGUGGAAUGGCUGGCCUUCGUACCCAGACGAGAAAGAGGGCGUUGCGCUCGCACGAUCUGUCCUCGAGCGCCAGAUGGGCAUCAAGGAGGAGCCUGAAGCAUGGAUGGUCAAUGUGCAGCAAGACUGCAUCCCUCAAUACACUGUCGGACAUGAGCAACGCUUGCAGCAAGCUCACAACAACAUUUGGCGCGAAUACAAGGGCAGAUUACGUGUCGCUGGCAACUGGAUGUCAGGUGUCGGUGUCAACGACUGUAUCCGAAGUGCUUUUGACAUUGCAAAGAAUAUCAGAAAGGAUGGCACUGGCUUGGAGCACAUAGGCGAGAAGCCUAGUGUUCGAGUAAAGAUCACACCUAGAAAGCCUGGCGAAAAGGAAGAUGGCGACUAG